CUCCGCUAUUCCGAUUGGCCCAUCGAGCUGUCAAUCACCAUCCAUCACACAGACGCUUUCAUGGCCGGGCUAAAUAUUGUCAACAUCGUCACCGCUACAUUUCAACUGGAUUUUGAAGCCACAUAGGGUUUGCCUUGCAGCAGAUUUCCAUGUACAAACUUUUUCUGCUGAGGCAUGGGGAGGGGGCGUGGAACCGGGAAAACCGUUUCUGCAGCUGGGUCGACCAGAAGCUGAGUGAGGAUGGCGUGAAGGAGGCCAGGGAUUGCGGCCGGCUCCUGAAAGAGCUGGGCUACAAGUUUGACAUGGUGUUCACCUCCAUCCUGAGCCGCUCCAUCCAGACGGCCUGGUUGGUCCUGGAGGCCAUGGGCCAGGAGUGGGUCCCUGUGGUGAAGUCAUGGCGGCUCAACGAGCGCCACUACGGAGCUCUGAUAGGCUUGAACAGGGCAGAAAUGGCAGCCCAACACGGAGAGGAGAAGGUGAAGUUGUGGCGGAGGAGCUAUGACGUCACGCCGCCUCCCAUAGAUGAAUCGCAUCCAUACUUCAGUGAGAUCUACUCCGAUCGCAGAUACAGCACGUGCGAUGUAGAGAAGGAGAAGUUGCCGCGGGCGGAAAGCCUGAAGGAGGUGUUGGACAGACUGCUGCCGUAUUGGGAAAGCACUGUGGUACCUGAGAUACGGCAAGGCAGGACGGUACUCAUUGCGGCUCAUGGAAACAGCUGCCGGGCUCUGCUGAAAUACCUGGAAGGGAUAUCGGACGAUGAUAUUGCCAGCGUAACUUUACCGACGGGGAUCCCAGUGCUGCUGGAGCUGGAUGAGCAGCUGAAGCCCGUUAAAGCACGUCAGCUUCUGGGAGACCAGCAGAAAAUUCAGGCGGCCAUUAAGAAGGUGGAGGAUCAGGGAAAAGCCAAAGUGUCUACUUGAGCUGGAUGUUAGAUAGUUUUCAAAUGAGAAUAAAAGAAAUAAACUAAUAGCUACUGAAGAUAAACUGCAGGAGAAGAGAAAGUCUUAAUGUGAAAUGUGUGCUUGUUUGACCGGUCUACCACUGUGGAAAAGAAGAUGUCAGUUCCAAAUUGAUGAACAUGGCAUAGUUUGUUUACUAAAUAAUGCAUUCAUCCUAGCUAAACUGUGGUGCUACAUUUAAAAAACAAUUAAACUUGGUCUGUUACUUGAUUAGAUUUAUUUCAAUACUUGUAAGUUGCUGUCAUUGUAUCAGUCAACCAUAUACAGCUUCCCUAUUGCUACCACCCCUGAGGAAAAAGCAACAGUUUGACAGUUGUUUAAAUACAUAAAUGCCCCCAGUGAGAAAUUGGUGUUUUUACAUGAAUAAAUAAUAUAAAGUAUGACUUAUACCCACAACGGGUCAGGACACAUAAGUGGAUUUUGACGCAAGAAACCUGUUGAUCUUAAAUCAGUUUUAUGAAAUAUCUGUGAACAAUUUAAGGGAUUGAGAAUCCCUUAUCAAAGCUACAGUGUCCCAGAUGCUUAAUGUUGAUUGCAUUGUUACUGUUUUCAUUGUUUUUGAUGCACUUAUUCGAUUUGUGUAUUGUUACAAUAUGCUAAAAGGCACUUCCGACUCAGCUAACGCGAUGUCUUCCAAAAGCAUUUCUUUGAAUGUUAGGAAAUCUGCUGCUGUUAUGCCUGACUGCUUACUUUUGCUUUUUAACAGCCACUCCUGCUUAAUAUGCACUGGUGAAUGGUAGAUGAGUGGAUGGAAAUUAGAAGCAAAAUGUAUAAACAUUUAGCACUGUUGUACAAAAGUUGUUGUACUUCAACAAAAUUGAGUUCGCACUACAAAUAAAUAAACUGCUCUGUUGCAUGCA